GCAGCGGCCGCGCGGGGAGGCGAGCUCGGCUGGGCGGGCGCCUGAGACGCGGCCUGCGAGGCGAUCCUCAGCCCCGCGGAUGAGCCCGCCUUGGCCGGGGGCGGGGGGGGGGGGGAGGAUGUGUGGUGACAGCGGAAGGGAUGGCGACAGGGGAUGGCCUCCUCUGCCCGCAUUACUUCGGGGGUCCUCAGGACGGAGACAUCGGGUCAAAUGAGGAAGCUGAGUCCACUCAACUAGAAGAGAAGCAAAGACAAAAUCAUCAUGGCUUCAGUGUCUACGCAUGAAAACCAAGAUAAAGGUCCCCAUUUGCCAGCACCAAGCAAGCAGAGUCUGUUGUUCUGUCCAAAAUCAAAACUGCACAUCCACAAAUCAGAGAUUUCAAAGAUUAUCCGGGAAUGUCAAGAAGAAAGUUUCUGGAAGAGAGCUCUGCCUUUUUCUCUUGUAAGCAUGCUUGUCACCCAAGGACUGGUCCACCAUGGUUAUUUAGCAGCUAAUCCAAGAUUUGGAUCAUUGCCUAAAGUUGCACUUGCUGGUGUCUUGGGAUUUGGCCUUGGAAAGGCAUCAUACAUAAGAGUAUGCCAGAGUAAAUUCCAUUCCUUUGAAGGUCAGCUGCGUGGGGCUGGUUUUGGUCCAGGGCAUAACAGGCACUGCCUGCUUACCUGUGAGGAAUGCAAAACAAAGCAUGGAUUAAGUAAGGAGGGAAGUUCACAGCCUUCGACUUCCUAAACUCUGUGUCUGUGGGUUUUGAAGUUUCUAAAAACAUCUGAAUUUGUACACCUUUAAAAUGUCAAAUGUACUUUAAAAUAAUUUACCUAUAGUAGAACAGAAACAUUGUGAUUCUCUCACUCUAUUGAAAUGCUUUCGCGGUUGAUUCUCCAUUGAAUUGAGCAUUCCAUGUUUUUCUGUUGUUUAAGAACAUGUUGGGAGCAUUCAUACACCAAAAGAAAUUCUGUUGCAUUCUUACUUGCUUACAGCUAAAUAAAAGAAUUUAGAGUCUUCUCUGAUUCACCCCCAUCCAUUCUUUCACUCUGCUUUUGUUCAGGGUUUUAAGAUCCCUGAUGGAGGAUAGGAAUGCAUGUUGAGGAACUUGGGAAUCAUGCCCCAGUGUGUAUGUAUGGAGGUAGAAAUACAGAGCAAGAAAGACUGUGACUAUGGGAAGUGCUUUCUAAAAUGUAGGGGCCAAGAUUUUUUAAUGAAAAAUAUUUCACUUUAAAGAGUCACAAUACGAAUCAACUGUCCUUUUGAUGACCUCGGUGACUUUUAUGUCUCCUCGGUAUGGUGAAGUUUUAGAAAAGCCCAUUGUUUUAGGUACCUUGCUUAGCUAAUGGUUACAUGCUCAUGGUCAGCUCUCAAGAACUGCGGUUCUUUUAUAUUCUGCUGGUGGCCUAAAAGAAUAAACACAACUUCCCAAAAUGUCCCUCAGGAACAGUUUACGUAAUUCUGGGAGGACUCACUGGAAGAAUUAAUUCCGAGAAUGAUAAACUUCAGGGCUUUCAGGGAGCUCAGAGGCUGCCAAUCCAACCCCAAGAGUUGCAUUCCUCUUCUCCUGCCAGGUUUUUUGCGUGAAAACAAACUCUUCCACUGGAGACCUUUUGUCUUUAUGACAGAUUGUCUGAGCCCUACAUGAAAACUUCUCUUGCAUCUUUGCAUUUUCUCAGGAAAAUACUUUAUAUAUGUGUCACCAUUUAUAUACUGGGGGUGUGUGUGUACUCGUUUGCAUUUUACUUACAUCUUGAAACCUGUACCGAGGAGGUAAAAAGGGAAACCUCAUUGAAAGUUAAUGCUU